CGGGGCCGAGCGGGCCCCACUCGGUAGGCGAGGCUGAACUGCUGCAGUGCCCCCAGGAGCUCUGCGCGCCGCUCGUCGUCGCUAGGCACCCCGAGACCAUGGGGAAGCUCGUGGCGCUGGUCCUGCUGGGGGUCGGCCUGUCCUUGGUCGGGGAAAGGUUCCUGGAGUUUAGAGAAAGGAGCAAUGCCUCUCGAGAAGUGGAGUCAGUAGAACUUGAAAACUGCCACCUUAUUGAGGAAAUUGAAAAUGGCUCUGAAGACAUUGAUAUACUUCCAAGUGGGCUGGCUUUUAUCUCCAGUGGAUUAAAAUAUCCAGGCCUGCCAAACUUUGCACCAAAUGAACCAGGAAAAAUCUUCUUGAUAGAUCUGAAUGAACAAAAACCAAGGGUACAAGCACUAGAAAUCAGUGGUGGAUUUGACAAAGAAUUAUUUAAUCCACAUGGAAUCAGUAUCUUCAUUGACAAAGACCAAACUGUGUAUCUUUAUAUUGUGAAUCAUCCCCACAUGAAGUCCACUGUGGAGAUAUUUAAAUUUGAGGAACAACAACGUUCUCUGGUAUACCUGAAAACUUUAAAACACGAACUUCUCAAAAGUGUGAAUGAUAUUGUGGUUUUUGGACCAGAACAGUUCUAUGCCACCAGAGACCACUAUUUUACCAACCCCUUCCUGUCACUUUUUGAGAUGAUCUUGGGUCUUCGCUGGACUUAUGUUCUUUUCUACAGCCCAAGAGAAGUUAAAGUGGUGGCCACAGGAUUUUCUUCUGCCAAUGGGAUCACAAUCUCAGCAGACCGAAAGUAUGUCUAUGUAGCUGAUGUCACAGCUAAGAACAUUCACGUAAUGGAAAAACACAAUAACUGGGAUUUAACUCAACUGAAGGUGAUACACUUGGGCACCUUAGUGGAUAACCUGUCUGUCGAUCCUGCUACGGGAGACAUUUUGGCAGGAUGCCAUCCUAAUCUCAUGAAGCUGCUGUUAUAUAACGCUGAUGACCCUCCAGGAUCAGAAGUACUUCGCAUCCAGAAUAUUAUGACUGAGAAGCCCAGGGUGAGCACCGUGUAUGCCAACAAUGGCUCUGUGCUUCAGGGCACCUCUGUGGCUUCCAUGUACCACGGGAAAAUUCUCAUAGGCACUGUAUUUCACAAAACUCUGUAUUGUGAGCUCUAGACUCUAGAUAGUCAAAAAAAAGUCUACAUGUUUGGCAAAAGUAAACUGAUAAUUAUAUGAUAAGUGGAACUGUAAAUAAAUUGCAAACACCGACCAGUGUGUAGCUUUUCUUAUGGAUAGAAGGAGCAGACAGAGAUUCUAUGAUAGCCACCAAAUUGCAAGUCAGGUUACUGACAGUUCGACGAGAAGCAAAACUUUGCAGCUCUUUGUUAGUACCCCGAAUAUUCUUUCUACAAUAAAACAUGUGGACUAUGUCCAGUGAGGUCUCCCACUCACCUAGAAGCCCUUGGAAACUGGGUCCAAGUUACCUCCUACAGUUUUGAUGUUCUGGGACUCCUACAGUCUAAUCCAAGAGAAAAGCUAAUGUUCAAGUAUUUACAACCCGUUUCUCCCCCGAGUUGUGCUGGGCACAGACUGUUAAUUAAGUGUUCUAGUCUGCAGAUAAAGCAAGAAUCAGCAUCAUGAGACUGCCCAAAGCCCUUGGAGCUUGGAUUCCCUAAGGGUACAGACACAUAGGAAAUCAGGUUCUGCGAAAUCUGACAGUUGGGCCUCAGAAGCUACCUUAGGGCAGGCAGGGCUUAUCUGUUCAUCUGCAAUAGGUCCUUAUUUGUAUUGAUAUGUGUAUCUGAAGUAUAGUUGGCCCUCUAUAACUGCAAAUUCUAUGUCCAUGGAUUCAACCAAUGAGAGAUGGAAAAUAUUUGGAAAAAAAAUGGAUGGUUGUAUCUGUACUGAA